AUGACCGUCGGAAAGCGCCUUAACCAUUUAGCCAAGAUCAAGUCCCAGGAGAUUGAGCUGAGCAUCCUCGACCUUGCCAUGUUCAGGCUCAAGGUAGACAGUAUCUAUCUGUACAAAAACAAGCUCAGCAACCCCAACUUCAUGCCUCUAGACGUGCUCGCAGAAAGUCUAUGUUUGCUCAUUGCCGACCACUACCCAAUCCUCGUCGGCCGCCCAACAGUCAAUAGUGCUGGCAAGGGAAUCAUAUCGAUUGAUUCGUCAAAUCUCUGUUUGCCUGAUAUUGCCGAAAUCAUCGUUGACUCUCCGGUCGAGUCCUUUUUCGAGACCUGCCCGAAUGACUCCGAGGACAAGUCCGACAUUCAGUUCUUCAACACUCGCAGGUUUUAUUGCAACAGUGGGGUUGCGCACCCCCCGCACGCCUCAUACCAUAGAGACCACUCGGCAGUAAUUGUGAGAGUCCUGCGGUUCAAGGACAACUCCUAUGUCGGCAUCUCGUACUCAAUGUCACACUGCAUUUUUGAUGGAAUUGGCGCCAUGGCAUUUGUCAACCACUGGGGUGAGUAUGCGCGAAACCUCGAGGAAAUUAAGAACGGCAAAUACCAGCUAGUCGAGCCGCUGGAUCUUCCGUUUGUCAGUUACUUUAAGGGCAUUUUGCCGCCGCUUCCCGAGAUUUCACCCGCGGCCAUUGCAUCAUCGAUGCUAUCCACACCAGACUUGCAGGCUAUUGAGGAUCUACAUGUGCUGCAUUUUAGCCGUGCCAACUUGGAGCGCAUCCGCCACCACGUUGACAAGGACCAGACGAUCAACGUGGCGUUCGUCACUCUGCUGACCAAAAACAUGGUGCAGGCCAACAUAAAGGCAUUCGGCAAAGCGCCGCAGGCAACGUAUGUAAUGACACCUUACAAUUGUCGCGCCCAAUCUACCAUUCCAAAGCAUUUUGUCGGCAAUGCAACUUGUCCUGCCAUCGCGCCAUUGUCAACACAAUUGGUCCUUGAUGGAUCUUACAAGGACCUAGCCGAGUCUAUUAGAGAAUUGUGUUCAAAGACCGAGAGUGGCCACACAAAGGCAAACAUGUUGCUUAUAGAGCACCAACCCAGCUUGUUGUUCCAUAUUUUCAGCAUUUUGUGCAACUCCUCGGAGAGCUCGUAUAUUAGCAUGACCAAUUUGCGGUAUAUGCCAUUCUACACACUUGACUUUGGAUAUGGUGAACCAAGCGUCCUUGGGUUUGACUAUUUCCAGAUGGAGGGAACAGUUCGUCUGCUGCCAAACAAGCAGGAUGAUGGUUUGGACUUGUACUUGACCUUCCAUGACGCACAUUUUGAUGAGCUCUGUCAGCUCGAGGAUAUAAAGCUGUUUGCCAAUGCGUACAGACCAAAGUACGGGCAUAUAGAGGCGACACGGAAAGAAGAGGCCGCGCCGCUACAAUGGGACUGCUUGGGGAUCAUGCACAACCAAACUGCAUCGACGGGAAAUAACCCAUGGCUACCGCCGAAAUGGGGACAGAUCCAAAAAAAUUACGCUAGAACCAAAGCACAUAUCCCUUCUCUGGAUGAUGGCACAAAGUGCGGUACCCACGAUCUCCCAACUACGUGCAAGGCCUGCACCAUUGAGACUGAGACCCUCGUGCACUACUUCUGGGAGUACAAACACAUCCAGCAAUUCUGGCUUCUCAUAUCUCAGUUCUUGCAAUACAACCGUAGUGACCAGACAGGGCCAGCAUUCAGCAUCAAGAUCAUGGCAAUCAAUAGACUGCUGGACAGGGGUGCCAUGCAGUGGUUCCAGUUUGACCCGGGUAAAGAAGAGCUCACCGGAACGCUCAUGUUUCGUGACACUCUAAUUCAGGACAAUCGCCCCAACUACCACGCACAACACAAGGAAAUUAUUAACCUGUUGCAUAUGGCGAUUGUACAUACCUCGGUAGACUUUUUCGACCGCGACAAGCACAAAAUCAGGGCAGAGAGCAGCGAGUGUGAUGGCGUAUCUAGCCAAGUCGCGGCCGGAUUUUGA